AUGAGGGUGAUCUCCGCUUACCUGCUGGCCAAGCUCGGCGGCAACGCGUCGCCCGGCGCUGCUGACAUCAAGAAGAUCUGCUCGUCGGUUGGUGUCGAGGCCGAGGAUGGCAACAUCAAGGCCUUCCUGGACGCCAUCGCCGGCAAGGACGUCGAGGAGCUCAUCUCGGAGGGCAUGAGCAAGAUCGCUUCGGUCCCCGCGGGCGGCGCUGUGGCCGCCGCCCCGGCCGCUGGCGGCGGCGGCGGUGGAGCCGCUCCCGCUGCGGAGGCGAAGAAGGAGGAGUCCGAGGAGGACGAGGACAUGGGCUUCUCGCUCUUCGACUGA